CAACUUGAUGUUGACGUGGCAAACAUGUGGCAGCCACGUAGAUACCACAUCAUUGACACCUCAUAUUUUUAAUUAAAAUUUAAAUAAAAACAAAGUGGAGAAAUUAAAAAAUGAAUAAUGAAAACACAGCCGACGGCGACGGCAUCUUCAACGCCGACGGCGACACCUGGAAGUCCCAGCGCCAACUCUCCAGCCACGAGUUCAACACCAAAUCGCUCCGCAGGUUCCUCGAGACCGUCGUCGACACCGAGCUCUCCGCCCGCCUAAUCCCGACCCUCUCCGCCGCGCCUGCAAACACAACCGCCGCCACACUCGACUUGCAGGACAUUCUUCAGAGGUUCGCCUUCGACAACAUCUGCAAAAUCGCCUUCGGGUACGACCUGGGUUACCUGGCUCCGACCCAGCCCGAGGCUCGAUUCGCCACCGCAUUCGAGAACGGGGUGCGGAUUAUCAGCGGGCGGUUCAAUUCCGGGGUUAAUACCACUGGAAAACCCGAACUAUUAACUUUGUGUCAUUUGUGUCCUAAAGUAUUCAAUAUGACAUUUGUGUCCUAAAUUAGUUUUCCGUUAGAGUUGACAUCCCAAUCCCAAAUUGAAUGGUACCAUUACAUAUCAUAUGGACACCUUCCAAAGUACUAAUUGGAUGGUACCAUCGCGUAACAUGGAUACCAUACUAGUUGGAUGGUUCAACCCAUGUUGAAACAUGAUGACAUGGUGAGGAGUCUAGAGACUUCCUACGCCGAAAACUGACUUGCGUAGAGGCUUCGGAAGGAAGUGAGAGAGAGAGAGAGAGAGAGAGAGAGAGAGAGAGAGAGAGUAGUUGGACGAAUUUGGGCAACAAAAGUGGAAGCAAGCU